CCUUUUUUGAAUUAAAAACUUCCAAGGGACUGAUGAAAUUAAAACUCAGGGGUAGCAAGCUGCAAGCUGCAAGCUUAACGAUGUGGAUGCCAAGACUCUCCAAUACUUUUGACAAACAUCACUGAGAUGAGGGGUAGUACCGAUGUCCAAUCCAUAGCAGAGAUAAUUACCAUCCCAGUGCUCAACCAUGAGGUUCUCCAGCAAAUCACGAUUACAUUCUCUUCCUGCUGGAAAUUCUUGGGGAUUAAACUCAGACUUUGAUGAGGAAAGAUGGGUCAUUCAAAUUCGUCAAUCCUUAGAUGAAGAAGAGCUCGAGGAAGAUACAGGAAUUCCAGUAUGCAUAUUCAAUGUCCCCAAGUCUCUUAUGGUCAUUGAUCCUGAUUCCUAUAUCCCACAGGAAGUGGCAAUUGGUCCAUACCAUCACUGGCGCCAAGAGCUGUAUGAGAUGGAGAGGUACAAGAUUGCUGCAGCCAAAAGAGCUCAAAAACAGCUCCAAAGCCUCAAGUUUCACGACCUCGUGGAGAAAUUGACCAAGCACGAGCAAAAGACCCGAGCAUGCUACCACAAAUACCUCAAUUUCAACAGUGAAACAUUUGCUUGGAUGAUGGCCGUUGAUGCCUCCUUCCUGCUCGAGGUUCUCCGAGUAUAUACGAGAGAAGAAACAAGUAUCUCAAGUGUUUCCUCAAAGUUGUCAUAUUUGGUAGAUUAUGAGGGAAGGAAGUCAGCACAUAAUGCCAUUCUGAGAGACAUAGUAAUGCUUGAGAAUCAGAUACCUUUAUUUGUUUUGAGAAAGAUGUUGGAACUUCAAUUUUCAGCUGUUGAACCAGCAGAUCAAUUGUUGCUUUCUAUGCUCCUGGGACUCUACGAACAUCUUUCUCCUUUCAAGGUGAUGGAAGAUUUGGUGGAACUUCAAGUUUCGGUCUCAGAAUGCUUUCAUUUGCUGGAUUUUUUGUACAGAAUUAUUACUCCAAAGUUGGCUGAUACAUUGGAGACCAUGGAAGACGAUCAAAAUCAACAGGAACCCGCCAUAGAAAUUGUUGAAAGUACCUUUAAACACCCAUGCAGUCCCUUAAGUAGUCUGGGAAGUGAAAUUUGGAAGAUUCUCUCAAAGUUAAACAAAGGUCCGGUACAUUUAUUCAAAAGAAUAGCUGGUUCUAGGCCCUUACUAGUGAUCUUCAAACUGCCAUGGACAAUCGUCUCUAACAUUCCUGGAAUAGGGAUUCUGAUGAAGCCUCUUGAAUACAUAUUUUCACUGAAAAAGGGUGAAGAAGAAAAUGAUCCAGAAAAGGGGGGGAGUUCAAGGAAAGAUGGAAAAAUUAGACUUCCUUUGUUGGAGGAAAUAACAAUUCCUUCAGUGUCGGAGCUGACAAAAUCGGGGGUUCUUUUCUUGCCCAUUGGUGGAGGCGUCUCAGCCAUUGCCUUUGACUCAAAGGCAGUGAUAUUUAACCUUCCUACCAUUAAGCUGGAUGUGAACUCUGAAGUAGUCUUGAGAAACUUGGUAGCAUAUGAAGCUUCAAAAUCAUCAGGGCCUUUGGUUUUCACCCGUUUCAUCGAACUAAUGAAUGGGAUCAUUGAUUCUGAGGAGGACGUGAAAUUGCUGAGGGAAAAAGGAAUCAUUUUGAACCAUUUGAAGAGCGAUGCAGAAGUAGCCGAGCUCUGGAACGGGAUGAGCAAAUCCAUCAAGUUGACGAAAGUGCCAUUCUUGGAUAAGGUAAUUGAAGAUGUAAAUAAGCAUUACAGUAAUAGAUGGAAGGUUAAAGCAGCAAAAUUUGUAGAAAAGUACGUGUUUGGUUCAUGGCCAUUGCUUGCACUUCUGGCUACCAUUCUGCUCUUGGCUAUGAAUGCAUUGCAAGCAUUUUGCUCAGUUUAUAGCUGCUCUCGGUUCUUCAAUCAUCUCAGCACUGCCGGGACCUAGCUUGCAGUGGUUUGUUGAGCCAUUCGUUCUCCCUUCUCGAUCGGCUUUUGCCAGCCUUAAAGCAUUAAAAGAAGGAAAUGGAGGAAGGCUUUCUGCUCUACUUGUCUUCGGUCUUGGGCUACACAAGAACUUCGUGGGUAAUCUUUUUUCUUUAAUAGUUUGAUGUCAAAUAUGAAAAGAAAAGAUUCGUCCAAUUUGUGGAAUGGGUUGUUUCUUGAUGGUACCAAAGUCAUUGUUUUAUAUUACAUUGACAAGAAUUUAAUGUUCGAGUAUCGAACUUCUAACCUCAAAUUUAACAGCAAAAUUUUAUGCUAAUUGAGUUAUGCUUAAUCUGACACAUUGAGUUUAGACUU